AUGGCCAGGUGCUACGUCAGCGUCGCGGUGCUGGACGGCAAAAUCUACGCGCUGGGCGGCUACGACGGCGAUCGGCGCACCAACACGGCCGAGCGAUACGAUCCAGCCACCAACACGUGGUCGCUCAUCGCCGACAUGAACGACCAGCGAUCGGACGCCUGUGCCACGGUGCUCGGCUCAAAGGUGUACAUCGUAGGCGGCUUCACCGGGCAGCAAGUGCUCAGCACGGUCGAGUUCUACGACCCCAAGGCGAACGUGUGGACCUACGUCCGGGCCAUGACCACGCCUCGUAGCGGAGUCCGGGUCAUCAACUACCAGGACACGAUCUACGUGCUUGGCGGCUUCAACGGAAACAACAGGCUUGCCACCGGGGAAAAGUACGACCUUCUGAGAGAUCGCUGGAUCGAGCUGCCCAAUAUGCACACGCCGAGGAGCAACUUCGCCAUCGCCGUGCUAGACGACCUGCUCUUCGCCAUUGGUGGAUUCAACGGUCAUUUUUGCUAA